CGAAAUUGAGGAGAUUGAAAUCAACCAGACCUUGACUACCAACAAGAAGACCAAGUACAGACACAAGUCCAUCAGGAUUCUCACCGCAAAACAAUGGCUGCUGCAGGCCCAAUCUACACGACUUCCAAUGGCCGCCCCAUCACCUUCGCCUCUGCUUCUCAGACUGUAGGCGACCACGGUCCCAUCCUCCUACAAGACUUUCAUCUUAUCGACGUGCUCGCCCACUUCGACCGAGAACGCAUCCCUGAGCGAGUUGUACAUGCGAAGGGCGCGGGGGCUUUUGGGGAGUUCGUCGUUACCCAUGACAUUACUGAUAUGACGUCCGCCGACCUGUUUAGCGAGAUUGGAAAGAAGACUAAGGUCGCCGUUCGCUUCUCCACCGUCGGCGGUGAAAAGGGAUCGGCUGAUGCAGCCCGCGACCCUCGAGGCUUCUCCAUCAAGUUCUAUACAGAACAAGGUAAUUGGGACAUGGUUGGCAAUCAUACACCGGUCUUUUUUAUUCGAGACGGAAUAAAGUUUCCCCAGUUUAUCCACACGCAAAAGCGGAAUCCUCGCACAAAUCUUAAGGAUGCGACGAUGUUUUGGGACUUUCUAUCCAGCAAUCAAGAAUCGGUGCAUCAGGUGAUCCAGUUAUUCAGCGACCGGGGCACGCCGGGGUCAUAUCGCCACUGCGAUACCUUCUCGGGCCACACGUUCAAGUUUACCAAGGAUGACGGGACGUUCAAGUAUGUGAAGUUCCACGUCAAGACGGACCAGGGGCACUGGGAUAUGACGAACGAGGAGGCCACGGCCCUGACGGCAAGCAACCCAGAUCACGCCACGGAAGAUCUUUUCAAUGCGAUUGAACGCGGCGAGUAUCCCUCCUGGACUCUGUACGUGCAGAUCCUGGACCCGAAAAACGCAGAGAGGUUCCGCUGGAACAUCCUCGACGUUACCAAGGUAUGGCCUCACUCGGAAGUGCCACUGCGGCCCGUGGGCAAGAUGACCCUCAAUCGCAACCCGGAGAACUAUUUCGCAGAGAUUGAGCAAAUCGCCUUCUCCCCCGCCCACCUGGUCCCCGGAAUCGAGCCUUCCGCGGACCCGAUGCUUCAAGCGCGCCUGUUCUCGUACGCCGACAGCCAGAGACACCGUCUGGGUGUCAACUACCAACAAAUCCCCGUCAACCGCCCCCUUCACGCGUAUGCGCCGUUCCAACGCGACGGCUUCAUGGCCAUCACGGGCAACUACGGGGCCGCCCCCAACUACCCGUCCCCGUUGAAGCCCAACACCUACCUGCCCGUGGACAAGCCCAUCGACGCCGCUCACGAGACCUGGGUCGGACGGGCCGUGCAUAACCUGCAGCCCGUGACGGACGAGGACUUUGUGCAGGCAAACAUGCUCUGGGAAGUCCUGGGACGCACCAAGGACCAGCAGCAGCACCUGGUGCAUAACAUCUCGGUGCACUUGUUUGCCGCCAUCAAAGAUGUCAGGGAGAGGACAUAUGGCAUGUUCGAGAGGGCGAAUAAGGAUCUGGGGAGAAGGGUGAGGGAAGAAACAGAGCGUGUCAGGGCGACCAAGGGGCUUAAUGCGGCAGAGUAGGUGAGAGUCGAUGUGCCAAACCGAAUUUCGAGGAAUUUUUGUGGGCGUGUGCAAUAACGGAUAUAUGUUAUGGAGAAGGACAAAUACUCUCGCAAUCGACCACAGGAUGUGGAAAACAGGGCUUCCCGUUCGCUCAGCCGUACUUAAGCCACAUGCCGAUCAGCUAGUACUACCGUGGGUGACCAGGUGGGAAUCCUGAUUGUUGAUUGUUUUUUGCUUUCUUAUUUGCCGGAUCACGGGUGGAAAUUGUACAAUAGAUAGGUCUUUAAUCGGCAUAUAAUAUUUUACUCAUUUUUACAAGGACUAGGUUGGGAUACGUCGGCUCCUUAGCUUCGUGAACCCUCUACAAAAAAGAACUGUUACAUAAGCUACACCAGGUGAGCCUCACGGACUUGGCUAAGACGGUGGUCUGAACGACAAAAUCAAGAACACG